AUUCAAGCUUCACUCUCGACUCGAGUGGCCAUUUUUACGUGUGUCCGGAUCCCGGUUCCGCUCAUUUCUCUCAUAAAACCGCUUUUAACACCGAUUAAUAACGGCCAUCGCCAUCACACGAGUCUCUAACUUUAAUCGUCUUCAUCGCGGAGAAGAAAACAACAGAUAAACCGGAAGUUUUCGUGCGCUGUCCAUCAUGAAUCCUGAAUAUGAUUACCUGUUCAAGCUCCUGCUGAUCGGUGACUCCGGUGUUGGGAAGUCCUGCCUUCUGCUGCGUUUCGCUGACGACACGUAUACAGAGAGCUACAUCAGCACGAUUGGAGUGGACUUUAAAAUCAGGACGAUAGAGCUCGACGGAAAGACCAUCAAACUACAGAUUUGGGACACAGCCGGUCAGGAGCGAUUUCGCACCAUCACGUCCAGCUACUACAGAGGCGCUCAUGGGAUCAUCGUUGUUUACGAUGUCACGGAUCAGGAGUCCUUCAACAACGUCAAACAGUGGCUUCAGGAGAUCGAUCGCUACGCUAGUGAAAACGUCAACAAGCUCCUGGUGGGAAACAAGUGUGAUCUGACCACUAAGAAAGUUGUGGAUUACACAACAGCGAAGGAGUUUGCUGACUCUCUUGGCAUCCCGUUCCUGGAGACGAGCGCGAAGAGCUCCACUAAUGUGGAACAGGCCUUCAUGACCAUGGCGGCGGAAAUCAAGAAGAGAAUGGGCCCCGGGGCCACCGCGGGAGGCCCCGAGAAAUCCAACGUCAAGAUUCAGAGCACGCCGGUCAAGACGUCCUCCGGAGGAUGCUGCUGAGACCAACGACAGUAACGUUACCAACCAUAAGCCACAGCUGAGUUAGGAGGAAGUGAGUGUGUGUUUGCUUGUGUGCGUGUGUGUGUGAGAGAGAGUGAGUGAGUGUGAGUGUGUGUGAGUGCAAUAAAGACUGAGAAUAUAAAAGAUAAGGAGAGUAAGAGAGGAUCAAAUUAAACAUUGCCUGAUAUUGAAUCAUGCAUGCACAUCGAUGCAUGACCAGACAAACACGCGUCCAACCGUCUGCCGGAUUAAACGGCUCAAAUUCCGUACGCUCAUUUAGACAAGCAUCCAAAAGCACUUUCGGACGACGACGUCCGGCGUUUUUAGAGGAGCGCGACUAGCUUUGAACUUCCUCUUUGGAACUUUGAAGGAAGCGGUGGACUGCGAUGUCAUAACUGACCUCUGAACAGCGGGUUCCGUUACUAUGGCUCCCAGUGGGGUUGCUACGGCGACCUCUCCUUCAGCCGCUGCCUUCUCUCUCUCUCGUCUGGUGGACCGUUCGCCUGUUCGGGCGUUUCUUCUGUUGUUUUGUUUUUGAUUUGUGCUCUACAGCAUUUCAGUGGUCCUCUGAGCGUGACCAACACAACACUCACAGUGAGCUCGUCGUUUUUCGGACAUGUGCUAGUCGUUUGCCACGUUUCUAACAGCAUUAUGAUCCAGUGCAAUUUUUAUGUGGUAUAAAGUGGAAAACGAAAACCAAAUCCUGGGAAGCUCGUACUUUAAAGACAUAUCUCACCCAUAAAUGAACAUUUGGUCAUCAUUUACCUUAAUGCUGUUCCAAACUUGUAUGAGUUUCUUUCUUCUGUUGAACACAAAAGACGUUUUGAAAAAGCAGUUGCCAGUACCCAUUUACUUCCAUAUUAUGGAAAAGAAGUAUAAUGGAAUUCAAUGGCUGCCGGCAACAAUUUGGUUCCCGACAGUCUUCAAAAAAUCUUCUUUUGAGUUAAACAGCAGAAAAAAACAACAUGAAGGUGAGUAAAUGAUGACAAAAUGUUCAUUUUUGCCAGAGCUAUGCUUUAAAUGUCAAUAUUAUGAAUUAGUUAUUAUUUCUCUUAAUUAGUUUUGAUGCUUAUACAUUGUUUAUUAUAUGGAAGCUUGUUUUUGUAUCAGUGGGAGAAAAAAAUAAAAUGGUCCGGUGACAUUUUACCUCAAAAUUUUGACUUAUCAAUUUUGAAAACAUCAGAAUUGCAAGAUACAAACUCACUAUUCUGAUUCUUGCAAGAUUAAAAGUCAUAAUUAACAUUUUUUUUUACAUUUUUAUUUUUAAUUCCGUGGCGGCAAAAAAAUAGAAUUCUGAGGAAAAAGUCAAAGUUCUUUUUUUUAGUCACAAUUCUAAAAGAAAGUCUGAAUUGUGAGAUAAAAGUCACAAAUAUCUUUUAUUUUUCUAUUCCAUGGUGGAAAAAAGCUUCUGUGAUAUCCUGUAUAUUGGACUCAGCGUUUGUUUACUGACAGUACAUGAGCAGCGUCACUGUAACAGGAGCUGUAGCAGAUCUGUGUAUAAAUGUAUCUAUAUCAAUCCCACUGAUAAACAGGAAAUGACAUCACAAUAGUUAAAGAAGCAUUGCUUAUGUAACUACUUUUGUUUUCUGGGAGAAAAUUGUCUUUUUCUCCCGUACUUUAGUUUUCUUUUACGUCACACAAUGUUUAAAUAAACUAUGAAGGAAAAGUUUAAUAAAAAUGAUUUUAACUGGA